CUGAUAUAUAUCUUCGGCUGAUCCGUGCGCCAGGUACCGGAUAGGAAGUUUUUCGAAAUCAAUCAAACCGCAGAUGGCGAGUUCGUCGGAGAAGGCGCCUUCCCCCGCAGCGGCGGAUCUGCCGGAGCGAGGUAAGAUUACGGUGGCCAGCGGCAAACCAAAGGGGAAGACGAGGAGGAUGACGCAGGAGGAGAUCGACAGCUACAUCCGGUCCAAGGGCGUGCGCAUCCCCGUCGACUCCGUCCGCAGGGCGAGCAAGCUGAGGCUGGCCCUCACCAACCUCGACGACCUCGGCAGCCUCCCGGUGUCCCCGGACGAGCUGGACGACUACGUCGCCAACAUGAUCCGGGAGGUGAACGCGAUCGAGGAUGACUUCCAGAAAGAGAGAGACGAGAUCGCCAAGGAGUACUACGCAAAGGGCUACGUCGAGCGCGAGGUCAGCGACGACGACGAAGCAGGAGGCAGCAACCCCCGUGUGGAGACCGGAAGCACAGUAACCGUAAGGAAGCUCAACUGAACGAGCACCAUUAUCAGACUGUCCCUGAUCUCGAUCGGCGGUGCUUUCGAAUAAAUCGUCAGUCUAGUAAACGAUGGAUUCAAUGGUAUGAGCGCUCCUAUAGCGCAAUAAUAAAAUUUCACUAUAUCGGCAGCAAUCAUUUUUUCUUCUUCAUCAUCCUUUUUGAAUCAUUGAUCUAGAGUAGUUGAUUUGUUUGACUCAGCUUGUA